UUUGCAGGUGGACUUGCUUUUGCUGCUUUAUACUCAGCAGAGCUCCGAAAGCUUUUGCAGCUGUCCUCUUCCGUACGCUGAACAGGAUCUGCCUGGGACACUGGCGGUUGAGGAUGAAGGACCUCCUUAGGCGCUGCAGGGAGAGGCAGGUGGCUGCACUCGCUUUCCUUCCAUCUCUUCUGGACGAGGCGGGAGGUCUGCCCGGGGCCCUGCAGACAGAGUCCUGCAGCUUCUAGGAGCUCAUUCGUCUCUGAUGUGGAAAGCAAGGCCCAGGGAGGGACAGCGACUGGCUGUGGCCACAGGGAUGUGGGUGGCCUUCUGCGCCCCAAGUGGGGCGUGUCUCCUGGGCACCUCCUCUGGCUUUGAUGUCAGCCCAGCCACAGCCGCCCUGCUGCAGCCUGUCCAGGGAAGCCUUUGGCUGGGGUUGACUGGGCUUGGAGCCGGACCUGGAGAGCUUUGCGCACCCCACCUGAGGACCCCAGGAUCAUGUUGGAGACUCACGGGCAGGAGUGAGGGAGGGCCUGCCCCUGAGAGGCCCAUGAAAAACCAGACUGACGCCGUGGCCCCUGGACGGCGGGGUCGGGUGGGGCCCUCCUGUGGCGCCCAGAAGGAGCACAGUAUUCUAGUGUCCAUCGCGGCCCUGGGGCGGGCCCUGCGUGGAGCGGUGGCUGGGGACCCCCGCGGGGCCCUGGAGAGAGCUGCCUGGACCGUGGCCCUGCGCACCGAGGCGGUGAUGCGGCGCCACUGCCGGCCGCUGCGCCAGCAGAGCCGCCGGGGCUGGUGGGCUCGGCCGCGCCCUCAGCGGCAUCGCGGCAGGCGGAGGCGGCUCCUGCUGCGAGCCCUGGACGCCGUCGCCACCUGCUGGGAGAAGCUCUUCGCCCUGCGAGCCUUGGACAGCCGGGGCCCCUAGCUCGCCCUGCCAGGCUCGUUUGGUGACCACCGAGGGCUCCGUGCUGACCUGGCUGACCAUUGAGUCCCACCCAGGUCUCAUCCUGACCCCUGUUCACCCGAGGGCGCGGGACCUGGAGGUGUGAGCCCUGUUGGUACCAGGCUGCCCUGCACACACCGAGAGAGGCCUC